AGCAGAUCGGGGGCGGCGCUUCGGAAAGCGACCGCGGCUGCUUCCCUCCUCUUCCUCCUCCUCCUCCUGGUCCUCCUGCUCCUCCUCCCGCUCUUGCUCCCGUUGGGCUGCUUACACCCCUACCGGGGCGAAGCGGCGGGGAUGAGCCCGGGUGCCCUGCAACCGCCGCCGCCGCCUCCACUACCACCGCCGCCAUGAAGCGGAAGACCUCGGGGAUGGGGGGCCGACGACACUCGGCCCCGGCUACUCUGCCGGCCACGCCGCCGCCGGCAGUCAAGAAAACUCGGAGCUCCGCCACCCUGCCGAUCCUGGGCGAAGCAGAGGAGCAGUCCCCCCGGUCCCCCAGGCGCGAGAUCUGCCUACAGAUCACAGAUCGUCUUUAUUUUGCCAUACUGUUCCAUAAACCAAAAAGCGGUAGUUCAAGUACACACUAUUUCUGCAUAGAUGAUGAAUUUGUGUAUGAAAACUUCUAUGCAGAUUUUGGCCCACUCAAUCUGGCAAUGAUUUACAGAUACUGUUGCAAGCUAAAUAAAAAAUUAAAGUCCUUUACCAUGUUAAGGAAGAAGAUUGUUCAUUAUUGUGGUUUGGAUCAGAAAAAGCAAGCCAAUGCAGCUUUCCUCAUAGGCUCUUACACAAUAAUAUACCUGAGAGAAUCUCCAGAAAGUGUGUACAGGCAUUUAUUAUUCGGGAAUGUGUCAUAUCUUCCUUUCAGGGAUGCUGCAUUUGGUACCUGCAGUUUUCACCUAACUCUGCUUGACUGUUUCCAUGCAAUAAAUAAGGCAUUGCAGUAUGGUUUCCUUGAUUUCAAUACAUUUGAUGUAGAUGAAUAUGAGCAUUAUGAGAGGGCAGAAAAUGGAGACUUCAACUGGAUAAUACCCAAAAAAAUAAUUGCCUUCAGCGGACCUCACUCAAGAAGUAGAAUUGAAAAUGGGUAUCCACAUCAUGCUCCUGAGGCCUAUUUUCCGUACUUCAGAAGACAUAAUGUUACCACUAUAAUCCGCCUGAAUAAGAAGAUGUAUGAUUCUAGAAGAUUUAAAGACGCAGGGUUUGACCAUUAUGAUCUCUUCUUUGCUGAUGGAAGUAUACCUAAUGAUACUAUCAUCAAAGCGUUUCUGAAUAUUUGUGAGAAUGCUGAAGGUGCUAUAGCAGUUCAUUGCAAAGCUGGACUUGGCAGAACUGGUACACUUAUAGCCUGUUAUAUUAUGAAGCAUUACAGGAUGACUGCUGCUGAAACUAUUGCCUGGAUUAGAAUUUGUAGACCUGGCUCUGUGAUUGGAACUCAGCAACACUUCUUGUUGGAGAAACAGUCAGAACUUUGGCUGGAAGGUGAUAUUUUCCGUUCAAAGCUGAAGAAGACUCAAAAGCUUGCAGUUACAAAAAUCCUUUCAGGAGUAGAUGACAUUUCAAUUAAUGAUUCAAAAAAUCAGAAAGCCAGCAGAAAAGAUUCCGAACCGUACAGUGAUGAAGAAGGAACACACACAGUAACACAAGGGGACAAGCUCCGUGCCCUUAAAAGUAAAAGGCAGGCAAAAGCAUAUUCAGUUCCGCUAACAGUAAUUCUGCAAUCCAGUGUUCAGAAAAGUAAACAGUCUGAACCUAGCAUUUCUGACAGUACAGGCCUUACUAAAAGAACUACCAGGUCUACUGCAAGAAAAAGCAGUUUUAAAAGUCUGAUGCCUCAGAGGGAAAGAAGGAAAAGGGAUGCUUUACAACAAAUACGCUUAUGCGCUGCCCCUAACCCAAGGACCAGAAGCGUGCUGCGUUGAACAAUGAGAAUUCAAGAGAAUGCAGAGAGGAAAAAAGGGACAUUGUUUUCAAUUAAAACAUUGAAGAUUGAUUUUUUUUUCUUUUAAAAAGUGGUCUAUUUUAACUCUUGUACAAGAGUGUUAAUUUAUUGUCACUACAACAAUGAUUUUUUUACUGCUUUAAUAAUGGCCUGUAAAUUUUAGCCUUUUGUCUAAAUAUCUCUUUUAUCAAGAGAACUUUUUUUUUGUACAAUGCUUAGGGACAAAAUGUGAUGGCAAUCAUUUAAUCUUCGGUCCAAUAUAAAGAAGUGAUUGGGGGGUGCACAUAUUAUGUGUUUGGUCUAUAAAUUUUCAUCCCAAAGUGGUUUUCUCUUAUGAUGAAAAUGGAGAAAUUGGGAAGGUGUCCUCAUCUUCCCUUCACCCCCCAGUAAUAUGAUUGCUCUUUGCAUACAUUUACUAUCCUAAUUGUAUUAGGAUUUUUAUCAUGUAUUUCUAAAUUACUAUCCACCAAAGAGUGCUUUAUUUUCAUAGAUUUAGUUCCUAGUUUUGCAAAUUAUACCACUGCCUAAAGUGUUACUUACUACUUUUAAUUAACAGGAAUAGCUGGGAAGAAUUGCAACGAAUAUGUGCCGUUUUAAUACCACAGUCUUAACUGUUAAGCUACUAGUGAAUUAAAACCUAUUGUACAGCUGCUACAAAUAAUAAUUGGACAAAAUACACUAGCAAAGUACGGCUUUUCAGAUCCCCUCUAUGUACUUACAUAUUUAUCCCAUUCUUAUUAAAAGCAAUGCUAGCUCUGCUUGCAAAUCAUCUCCCCUUGCCCUGAGAUCCUGUUCUCAGACACCAUCUUUUCCUAGCAUUAAAUAUUGCAUGGUAGUGGUUCUGCUAAUAUUCAGACAUUCAUUUUAGCUUUGUCUGCAGAAAUUGGGGAUUGAGUCAGUGUUCUUCGUAUGCAAAGUAUGUGGCAUAUCAGUGUUUUGAUUCCAAUGACAUGUCGAUAUGUUGGAUAGGGAAAGGAGUUCCAUUUGCCAUUUCUCUAUGUCUACCAUGUCAAAUUCAGUAAAAUUAUGAACUUACAAUUACUUACUUAGCUUUCAGUGCAGAAGAGGCAGCAGAUCUGUACUGAAAUCUAUAGAAAGCAUUGUGGACUAUAAUUAUUAUCAUUCUUAAUCCUCAGAAACUAAGCAAGAAUAGUUGUAACAAUUCUCUUGUCCCAUUUAGACUUCAGGAGUUGUUCAGGAGUUAUCAAGUGCUUCUCUGCACCUUUGCAAUUAUGCUCUUUCCAGUCUGGGGAAACACCUAUUUACCCAAGGAAAAUUUUGCUAGUUGUGGAUAAUGCAGGUCCUCCUGAUGUUGUGUUGUGACUCCUGUUAGCCCUAGCCAGCAUGAGUGAAGGUAAGAAUUGCUGUCCAAUAUCUGGAGGGAUAAAAGUUGGCCAUCCCUGGUAUAGAGGCUUUGCUGUAGUUCCUUUAGUAAAGAACUAUGUAAAAAAAUAAAAAUUCAGAAAAUGCUUGCUGGACCUGAAGCCCAAAAUAUCUGUAACUACUCAGACCAAUAAGAGCAGGUAAGAACAUUUAGAUUCUGUCUUGAACAGCUGCCUUGUAGGAAUAUUGUUAAAUUUUAGGAAUAUGGAUUUUAAAAAACAGUCACAUAGCCCUAGCACUAAAGAGAACUAGGCCAUGUUUUAGUUUUGACUAGCCAUGUUGAUCCUUACAACUACUUUAAUAGAUUCCUACCAGCAAGUCUUUUACUGAAUCUUAGCAGCUACACAAGAGACCUCCUCCAGGAUGAUCUGUCCCCAACCUGGCUCUUCAGAUCUUGUAUUGAUGCACUUGUUGCCAUUGUAAUUGAGUCUAUCUACCUUGCUGAUUGUCCUUCUUUUCUCUUUCCCCAGCAUUAUAAACUUCUCAAGAGGACAAAAUCUUCACAUAAUGUGUCCAAAAUAAUGAUGAUUUGACUGUAGUCACUUAUGCUUCAAAUAAGAAUUCUGGAUUGAUUUGCUCUAUGAUCCAUUUAUUUGUUUUCUUGGUUAUCUAUGAUAUUCUCAGGAGUCUUCCAGCACCAAAAUUCACAAGUGACAGUACUCUUUUUAUCCUGUUUCUUCGAAGUCCAACUUCUGCUUUCAUAGAAUAUCACAGCCUACAUGAUCUGAUCUUUGUAGGUAUAGACACAUAAUGUCAUCUGAAUAUUUUUCAUAAUGCCUUCACUGCUACCCUACCAAGUGCUAGUUUGUGGUUAAUGUCUUGACUGUUGGUUCCUUUACUAUUGAUAGUUGAUCCUAAAAAACAGAAGCUAUCCACCGUUUCAUUGACUAUCUUCAUUGUCAGUUUUAAGACUGAUCAUUCCAUCUGUUGUCAUUAGUUUGAUCUUCUUUUAAUAUUAGUCCCAUUUUUUCACUGUGCUCAUUGACUUUCAUUAUUAGAGUUCACAGUUCAUUUACGUUUUCAGCACAGUACACGUUAUUGAUGUUUCUUCCUCCAGUUUUAAAACCACACUCAUCUUCUUCCAAUCCAACCUCCCUUAAUGUAUAUCCAACAUGUGGGUUGAAUAAAUGAGGAGAGAGUUUACAGCCUUGUCUCACUCCUUUAUCAACCUGGAACCAGACAGUUUUACCAUGUUCUUUUGCACUGUGGUUUCCUAUCCUGUGUAUAGGUUUCGCACAAUGAGAUAUUCUGGGAUUCCCCAUUUUCUAAGGCCAUUCCAGUUUAAUAUGGUUGACACAAUUGAAAGACUUUUUAUAAUCAAUGAAAUGUAUAUUGACUUCUUUUUGAUAUUCUUCAAUUUUCUCAAUUAACUAGAAGGUAUUAGCAAUAAUGUCUCUUGGUCCUCAGAUUUUUGUAAAAUCCGCUUCAACAUCUGGCAUUUCUCUUUCCAUGUAGGGCUGUAAUCUGUGUUGGAAGAUCCUAAGCAUUAUUUGCUUCCAUAUGAAAUCAACAAUAUUGUAUGAUAGGUUUGCAUGCUAUGGUAAGUCUUCUUUGGUGUUGGUAUGUAGACUGCCAUUAUCCAAUCUGUUGCCCAGUAUGUCAUUCUCCAGAUUUGCUGGCAUAGUUUGUUUAGAAUCUUGAUUGAUUCUAUUGCUUGCCUUAUUUCUAUAGAUAUUCUAUCAAUUCUAGUAGCCUUCCAACUUGGUAAAUGACUGGAAUGCUGAUCUAACUUCAUCUUCUAGUACUAGAGGUUUUCAUAAAUAGGGAAUGUUUUCUAAAGUACCAUGAAUAUUGACAUUACUACUGUAUAGAAUUUCAGUAUACUACUUCCAGUUUUCUUUGAUCCUGUUUCUAUCAGUUACUAUCUGUCCAUUGGCAUCUUUUAGCAUACCAGUUUGAGGUUGGAACCUCCUGUUGAGUUCAGAGAUCUUUUGGAAGACUUUUCCUUGUUUUUUCUUGUCUCUGUCCAUCUUCAGUAUCUUUACAGAUAUUGUCUUAAUAUUGCUUCUUGUCUAACAGCUCUCUGAAAUUUAUUAAGGUCCUUCCUGAGACCUUUAUCUUUCUGGGCUUUAGCUUCUUUUCUCUUGGCAGCUUCUGCCAUUUGUUCGGACACCCAGUUUGGUUUCUUCUGUUUCUUGACUUUUGGCAGUCUCUUUUCACAUUCAUCCUUAACAGCUUCUUAAUUUCAUUCCACAAUUCCUCUGGUUCCCUAUCAAUGAGGUUCAGAGCUUCAAAGCAAUUCCUGAUGUUCUUGAAAAUGGCAGGUGUAUGCUCGAGAUCAUGUUAUGGAAACUGGUUGGUUUUCUUUCACUUUAGCUUGACUUGGAACUUAUAUAUGAGAUGUUUGUUAUCAGUUCCAUAGUCAGCCACUGGCCAUGACUUUGCUGUUAUCACUCAGCUCUUCCACCACCUUGUACCAGUAACUUAGUCCAAUUGAUUUCUAUGUACUUCAUCUGAUAAAGUCCAUGUAUAUAGGCAUUGUUUUGGUUGUUCGAAGAAUGUAUUAGUGUGGCAGAAAUUUUCCUGAUUCAUUUCAGUGUCUUAGACUAUACAAUCCCAUUACGUUUUCUUCCUUAAUUUUGGAAACUGGUUGGCUGUUAUUGCCUAAUGCCCCCUGAAAUAAGUGUGUUGUAUUACAAACUGCAUAGAGUUUUGGAAUUCAGGUAAACCUGAAAUCUCACUAUGAACUCUUUUGUCGUAAUUUUUAAUGGGUUGUAGUCAUUUCUUUCUUUGUCUUCAUUGCUAAUUUUUUAAGAAGAAUACAACACAAACCAAUAUUAGUCAUGACACUUUUUAAUAAGGAAAUUUACUAUAGAUCAUUCUGUGCAGACAUUCUCCUACGAAAUUACAUCUUUAAUAUUUGGUGUUUAUUUUUAAAGAUUUAGGUUGCUUACACAGGAGCUUCUUUGCCAUUCAGUUAAAUAGUUCACCAUUUACUUAACAGCAGUUGCAUUGUAGACAAGAGUUCUUCACUUAUAUUUAUUGGAAUACAUGAGCAGUUUUAGAUUGGUUUAAUCUUCUGUUCUACUUUAUCCACCAUGAAUGCCACAUGGUUACUGAAGGACUUGCUCACACACACUCUUCGUAACAAUUGAUUUUGGUCAGUUUUAUAAAAUGUAACCUAUACUUUACAAGAAAUGGUCCAGGAUCAAGCUUGGUAUGGAUUUUGUUGCGUCAGAGAUAUUUCUGUACUGUUCAUGCUAUUUUAACUAACAAUACAGAUAUGGACUUCAAAUCUUAAUAAAUAUACCCUGCUUUAGAAUGUUUCCUGUAUUUGCAAGAGACUUUUCGAGAUGAAGUGAUUUCAAAUCAGCUAAAUUAAAAUUUGUUCUAACAGAACCUCAAAAUAAUAGGUUUUUCAGCCACACUUUCCUAAAAAUAGCUCCCAUCUAUGUACUAUGUAUUUGGAACAAUCAAAUCAGCCUCAUUGUUCAACAUUUGAGAUCCCAUUUUAUAUUUGGCCUGCAUCCUAAUUCAGGCAAUAAGAGUCAAAGUAUUUAUCACAUUAUUUUAAUUUGUGUGCCUGAUGGACUAACGUUCAAAUAGACGUUUGAUACAUUAACUGAGAUGGCUGUCACUUUCAUUAGUGUUGAUAAACUACUUCCCCCACUUAUUUCUGUAUCAUGAAGGACAAAAGGAUCACUUAAACUGUUACCUCAAUUAUUCACUAAAUCUCCCUCUUAAUAAACAGUUACUGCUUCUGUUUAUGCAAUACCCAUUCCUAAUUCUGUAACCUCAGUCAUUUCUAGCCAUCUCAUAAAACCAUGCUAAUUUAUAGCCAGUAUACAAAAUGUUAUUUCAGUUGCCAGAGAUUUGUGAAUUUGUUAAGUGCCAUUUACCAGCUUAUUCUUGAUAGGGUUAUGUUUUAACCUUAGAUUAAGAUUAAAAGGUUCUUCAUAGAAUAUAGUUGUUACUUGGGAGUGUAUGUAUACAUACCACUUGUUUCUACCUCCCUCAAUCUUGGUUACAUUAAGUGUCAAGCAGUUCAGAAUGCCCUGAUUAGCAUGGAGGAAAUCUAUAAAUUUACCUUAGCUAUUUUGGCCCAGAAGCUACACUAAUACCAACAGUAGUUACUUGUUGCGCGUGCACAGAAUUGCAACAUCUGCUAUUUUAGAUACGAGAACUAAGAUUUCUUGAAUAUGGAACCACUGAUUGAGUUAUUAAUAAUAUAUACACAAAUCGACCAUGCAAAGCCAUUCUUAAAUGGUCACAGUCAUGUUGAGCCAGUCUACCACUGAAAAACCAGCACUCCCAACAAACUCGUUUUUUUGGUAGAAAGGGCAAGGUGUAAGUUAAAUACAUUACACCACCUUUUUUAGAUUUAGUUCCAGGUACUAGAAACAGUACUAGUAUCAGGCCAGGAAAAUAUUCAGUAUUUAGGUGUUUUAGUAGUCAAAAGAUAUAAUUUUUUUUAGGCUUGUAAACCAAAGAAGGCUCCCAGUUCUUAAACUUUCUUUGUAAUGGAUAAGCAAAACCAAUAGUCUGAAAGGCUCAUUUACACACUUACAUGGAACUAUUGUGAUUCCAUGCUGGUUAGCACAAUUUAUUUUCCAUCAAUUUAAAAUAAAAUUAUACCCAAAUACUCAUUGCUAUAUUGACAGCCAAGCUGUGGAAAAGCUUAAAAUAAAGCUUUCAGAGUUACUACUUGUAGGUCCCAGUUACGAGUUUUUAGGUUUUGUAUGUAUCGUCUUCAAAACUUGUACAAAUAAUUCGUUCAAACUGUGGUAUAAUCAAUACUGCUCAGAUCAAAUUAUUUUGUUAAUGUAUUUCAGGGGUAAACUUGACACUGUGUUUAAAUUUUAAUUUGAUAGUAUGUAUUUUUCAUCAGUGUAAUUGGAUUAUAUAAAUCUGGACUAACUUGUAAGAGACACAUGUGCAAAUAAAAUUUAUUGCUCAUAUGAGACUA